AUGCCAUCGUUUGCCGAAAAGGAGGACCAAGACCAAGACCGCACUUUGCUGCUGGAUGGUGCCGACGUUUCUUCCACAGCUUCCAGGAGCUAUCGGAGAUAUUUGCCAUGGUGGCUUGGUGGCUUUGCUGCCAUGGUGGUUGUGAUGGUGUUGGCGCAGACCAGCGGCGUCGUGCGCAGAAAGGUCUUCUCCACCACGCAUGGGGUGGGGCCAUCAACACUUGUUGCCGAUGAAGCCAUUCCUGGCCUCAGAGCUCUGGGAGAGGAUUCCAAACCUUCGGUGUUGCCAAAGUUGCCAAAGGCAAAGGCCGAGACCACCCCUGCGCCGGCGAAGCAGCCGCCGCAGCAUCUCAGAGCCAGGGCAGAUGUGCAGGCGCCGAAGGCGCCCGUCACGAACGCGUCAAAGACGGUGUGCAAGACCGCUGAGCCUGGAGAUGAGUGCUACAAGGCAGUUCUCUGGGCGAAGUGGAUAGGUCUUGUUGAACAUCCUGGUUGGUAUCAGGGGCUGGACCGAAGAACUGCAAACAGGCGUGCCAUACAGGAGUGGCUCGCGAGCAAGGGUCAAGGUGGUUGUGAGAAGCCAUGUGAAGGUGGAUAUCCACUGCCGCCGCUGGACAAGGGCUCGCCGUCGUUGUUUUGCUUCUCCGUGGCGAGAAAGGGGCCCGAAAUGGACACGAUGUACAUGACACAGCAGAUACGAUCUGGGAUUUUUGGCUGUGACGGUUUUGCAGUCUACAGUGACAGCAGUGUCGAUAUCGAUGGGUUCAAGACGAGAUUGAUUCCAUCGACUUAUGCUGGAGUGAGCAAAGACGGAUACGCUGCCAACUCUCAGGUGUUCAUGAAGACCUGGAUGGCGCUCUUGACUGGCACUGAGUGGUACAAGUACGACUUCAUUGCCAAGGUUGAUCCUGACUGCGUGUUCUUCCCGUCACGGUUACGGGGUCAUGUAGCCAACUAUGUUAACCAGAAUGUGUUCUUCCUGAACUGCGGCAAAUACAUUCCGGUCACGAUGUACGGCGCCCUAGAGGUCUACUCGAAACAAGCGCUGGGUGCAUACUUGUCACAGCACGCCAGUUGUGAGCAGAAAUUCCCGUAUGAUGAGUGGGGUGAAGACAAGUACAUGACCAAUUGCCUCGAAAGCCUCGGAAGUAGAGCAGUUGUGGACUUCGGCAACUUCUUGCACGAUGAACGCUGUUGGGGCGUUGAUUGUGGAAACAAGAAGGCUGUGGCAUUCCAUGCCUUCAAGCAAGUCGACAAAUGGUACAACUGCUGGCUUCUGUCGCAGAAUGAUGGGUACUGA